GUGGUUGCGCUCGCGGCGCGGAGCGCUCUACGCAUGGCCGCGUCCGAUUUUCGAAAUAACGAAUGCUCCGAUAUUUCGAAUUUAUUGACAGUUCUAAAUUCCAAUACGAAGUUUAUCGCUCUCCGAUUUAGUUUUUUUAAUCUGUGACCGUGUCAGUGAACAGUGGAUGUUCGAAAUUUUAAAUAAUCGAUAAAGUCUAUAUUGUGUGUGAAUAAUAAGAAAAAGCUUAGUUCCCCGAAAAUGGUGAUGGAGUCGGUGCAACCCAAUAAUGCUCGCUUUUGGCCGUUGUCACCGCGCCUCUGGCGACGGAGCAAUGAGUACUCGAAAGUGGUGUUCGAACCUCGAAGGCCGCCACUAUCGCCGAUUGAGAUUAGAAAGCAUGACACGCCCGAUUUGUUGCCGAGGAGUGCUUUGAGAGAUAGGCUGGAACAUUUGAAUUUGGAAGAUGAUAAAAGAUGGAACGUGGACUCGAAGAAGCCCCCGAUUGUCGAAGUCAGGAGGACGGAAGAGGUUGUGAAAUUACGCGCCAAGAAGCAGCGACAGCCGCGGCCGAACAGCCUGCAGCUGCUGUUGUGCCCUUCUAGUUCUGGACACUACAGCAGUAACACGUGGAGGUACACGAGAGUCAGAUCAAAGAGUCAUGAGCCGGAGGGUGGCGGGCGGUGCGGGGAGGGGGUGCUAGCGCGCGCGAUGCAGCCCGCGCCGCCGGGCGGCUCGCCCAAACGCACUAACCCCGCCAACGCAGGGUCAACAGGCGGUGACCAGCCCACGUUGAAGGUCCACCUGCCCAACGGUGGGUUCAACGUGGUCCGUGCUUCGCCUGAUGAAGAUGUGCGGUCCGUGCUGAGGCUACUGGCCUCCAGACUGGCCACCGGGGAGCGUGUGUACGCCGCCUGCUACGCUCUGAGGGCAAGGAAACUUACCUCUGGAAAGAUCCGAUGGAUCCACCAAGACACGCCCGUGUCGGAGGUGGUGGCCCGCUGGGGCACCGAGUGGCGGCUGGAGCUGCGCGUGCGCUACCUGCCCGCCAGCCUGCGCGCGCUGUGCGACGCGGACCGGGUCACAUGCCACUAUUACUACGACCAGGUUCGACACGACUACCUCAACGCCAAUCAUCCUGUAGAUCAGGACUUGGCGAUACAAAUAUGUUGUUUAGAAAUAAAAUUCUUCUGUAAGGAUAUAGCGACGGACAAGAAGUUCAACGUGGAGUAUUUAGAAAAAGAGUUCGGUCUUCAGAAGUUCCUGCCGAAGUCGGUCCUCGACGCCGUCAAACCGAAGGUCUUGAAGAAAGCCAUACAGCAGCAGUUCAAAAAGGUCGCGCACCUCAGCGACACAGAAUGCAUGGUGAAAUACUUAGAAACGAUGCACUCGCACUACGGAUACGACCGGGAAACCUUCACCGCAGCGCUCGGCAUCGGCUGGGCCAUACCCGUCGAGCUGGCCAUCGGGCCGGAUAUAGACAUAUCGUACGUAUCUCACCGCGCGGGGGAACCCCCCGCAUACUCCCGCGUGGCCGCCUUCAGCGACGUACUCGCGUUACAUACUCUGCGGCCGGCCUGCGGACAACACCAGGACCAGAGUGGUUCAUGCGGCAAAGCGGCGUUACAGUUGAGAGUGAAGGGGGCAACUGAGACGUUAACUAUCACAGUCAAUAGCGUUGAGGCGGCCGAGAGUUUAGCAGACUUGGUGGACGGCUACUGCAGACUAGUCACUGACUCACAGACGUCAUUAUGGAAUAGAACGACUACCAUAUGUAAACAACUUGCCUGUCAAUGUAAAACGGAAAUGAGCAGUAGUUCUUCAGAAGGCAAGACCAGUUCAUGGUCCGGCGCCGCCACCUUACUGUCCGAAGAUUACGCGGAAAUUGUGGACGACGACGCUGACUAUUCUACGCCCGCCGUCCGUGAUUACGAGCUAGUACGCAACCAGAUCGAGCUGACGGCCAUCAUUGGGGAGGGGCAGUUCGGGGACGUGCACCGCGGCACGUGCCGCCUGCCGCCCGCCGCCCGCGCGGCACUGCGGCACUUAUCUGCCGCACGAGCCGGCAGCAGGACCGGGGAACUGAUUCUGCCAGUGGCGGUGAAGACGUGCAAGAUUGACGCGAAUCUGGAUACCACGGAAAAGUUUUUAGAAGAAGCUUACAUAAUGCAGCAGUUCACCCACCCCCACAUCAUCGGGCUGGUGGGGGUGUGCAGCUCCCCUCCCAUCUGGAUAGUGAUGGAGUUGGCCACCCUCGGGGAAAUGCGGGCAUAUUUACAGCAAAACGCGCAGAGAUUGGAAACGUGCACGCUAGUAUUAUAUAUAUACCAACUAUCGAUGGCGCUCAGCUACCUGGAGAGCAAGAAGUUCGUGCACAGGGAUAUAGCCGCGAGAAACGUGCUAGUAUCAACACCCACCUGUGUCAAGCUAGCGGACUUCGGCUUAUCGAAAAUGGUGGAAGACAAGUCUUACUACAAAGCGUCUCGCGGCAAACUGCCCAUUAAGUGGAUGGCGCCAGAGUCCAUCAACUUCCGGCGGUUCACUUCCGCCUCCGACGUGUGGAUGUUCGGUGUCUGCAUGUGGGAGAUACUGAUGCUUGGCGUGAAACCCUUCAGCGGGGUGAAGAACAAUGACGUCAUCGGCAAACUCGAGAACGGGGAGAGACUAGCCCUGCCCCCUAGAUGUCCUCCAAGACUUUACUCGCUGAUGUCCCGAUGUUGGGCCUACGAACCAUCGCAGAGACCCACGGCACAUCAACUGAAGGAGACCUUAUUUGAGAUACUACAGGAGGAACGCAACACUGCGUGGGACACAAUGCGGCGCGAAAAUAGGCGCGUGGCCGCCGCCUCCUGGGGAGACGAGCCCCCGCCCAAACCUAGCAGGCCGCCCACUAACCUCACCGGCGCGACAGAAUGCAACGCGGCCCCAAGCAGUGGCGGGGCGACGCAAACCUACAUCGUGGCACAAAACCCCCUAGUUCUGGCCCAUUUACUGCGCGAGAACCAAACCCGGGCCCUCGAGCCGCGAGCCUACACCACCCCCGCUUCGAGUCCGGAAUUCGACACGGAACAAGCGGUAGAGAGGCGACUGUUGGCCGAACUCGCGAGACAACAACAUCAAAGCGAGGAGGACAGGAGAUGGCUGCAAAUGCAGGAGGAUAACUUGAAGCGGUUAUCAAACGUCCAGCUACCGGACACGGAAGCCAGCGAGCCCGCGCCUGAAGGGGUCGUCGACCCCGCGACACGUAGCCAACCACGAUCAACAUCAAAUUCUUCGGAAACAAGUCCAGCAAACACAGUAAAGUCUAAAGAGAAACCGCCUUGCGAAGAUAAAUCCGAGGACCCCGUAUACGCGGCGACGACAUCCGUAGUACGCGGCGUGAUGCGACUCGCGGCGCUAUCACAAUGCACUCCGCCCGCCGCCCCCGAGAGGACACUACACGCCGUGCGGUCACUGGCCGCCGACCUGAGGGAACUGUGCGCCACUGUAGACCUGGUGGUGGUGCCAUUCCCGCAAGCGGCACAGAGGGAAGUGGAGAUGGCCCACCAGGUUCUGAGCAAGGACAUGGCGGCGCUGGUGGAGGCGAUGCGACUCGCCAUACAGUAUGCCGACACCACGCUGCACCACGACUACACCAAGAGCAUGCUAUCCGCCGCCCACGUACUAGCUAUGGACGCCAAGAACCUCCUCGACGUAGUAGAAUGCAUUCGACAACGACAUCCCAACGUCGACUGGCGAUCCGCACUCCGUCCCCCUCCAGAACCCUCCCCGCCCCCUUUAACUCAUCCCCAAACUCCACCCCAAUCAAUCCUGCCCCAAAACCAGACCCUCACGUCCCAAAACAAGAUCUUCGCCACCCAAAACCAAUCGUACACCCCUCAGAACCCAGUACUUAGCACUCAAACCUCCCUCCGCGAAGACGAAUUACCUUCUCCGAAACCUGACUUCAAAAUUAACCAGCCGGUCACCACUUCCUGUCAUGCAACAGAGAAUCCCAAAGAGCACAGCAGUCUUCCGGUGACUUCAAACCGUGUUUCCACCCUAAUACACAAUUACAACGUGUACGGAAACGUGAGGGAGCCGCAGCACAUUUAUGGCAACACUGACGUCGCCUUGCAGCAUUCCGCGAGCGUGGACGAAACGAAAAUCGAUGUUGCCCCAAUGGAAUCCGUCAAGAGUAGAGUUCAAGCGAUAUCGGCUGGCAAACUCGACUCGCCUCCUAUAUACUCUGUCAGCAAGAAGAUGGUGCCGUUGGAACAAAACGUAGUCCACGGCGACCAAGGGUGAAUGUUGCCAGAUGAAAUUAGCUCGCUUGUCGUGGCAGUUUUGUUUUCCCCACCCCUCUAGGGAGGCGCUAUGUAUGCUGCGAAGUUAGUUCUAUUAGUGUACGAGUACUUAAACGGAAUCGCUAGCGAGAACAGCAUUUAAAACAAUUAGUUGGAAGUUCUUUUUCUUUGUCGUUUUGUAUCGCCUUAGUUUUGCCCCGAAACGUAGUUCGAUGCAAGCUUUGAAAAGACAAACUUGUAAUGCUCAAUAUUGUGAAUGUAGCGAUUAAAUGUUGAUUUAAUAAAUGAAGUGCGAAGCCAAAUGUCUUAUUACGCGUUGAUCGUAUCCAUCCAUGUACCUAUAUCGUUUUGACGGCGGAAUACACAAACUCUUCAUUAAUUAUUUUGUUAUAACAUUUAAUAAGAAUAGCAUUAUAGUUUUCCAAAAUUAUGAAAUGCUUACGGAUAAUGUUUUUUUGCGUCUUUUUUAAUUUUGUUUUUAUUUAAAAUCAAGCUCAAAGAUGUAAGGUGAAGUAGACAUAUUAUUUUUAUCAUGAAACCAUAAUUUAUUAUUUAAGGAGCGUUUGUGAAUUCUAUUCGGCAAUAAUACGUAUUUCAGAUAAUCGUGUUAAAAUAUUAUAAAUAUACAAAUUCUUAUACUUUCUCAUUCUACCCGAUAUUUAUCCAAUUAUUAUCGGACCGAAUCGGAUCGGAGAAGUGUCGUAAUAUCUCAAUCAUGCUUUAUUAUAUAUCUAAUCCAUUUCCGAAUAUAAUAAAAAACAUUAUAUUUUAGUCUAAUAUCUAUUGACAUAUCAUGGGCAUUGUUGCGCUUCAAAUAAAUAUUGUCAUGUUGCCAAUUACGAUGAAAAAGUAUAAUGCAUAUAUUAAAAAAAUAUAUUAAUACUCCAUUUGGAAUCAUCAAACUAUACCUCUUAUGGCUCGAUUGCACUUGAUCGUUAGCCCGUAUUAAGUAAGCAAUAUUCACACUGGAAGUCGGUGACGGGUAACCAAAACGAAAACUACCCGAAUAUGAGCGACUUACGACGUACUCGACUCCGUUCAUUUACACUUAGGCCCGUAUUACAGAAUGACAACUUAGCGUUGAUCUUUACUUGAGUACAGUUAGAAAUGGAUAUCGCUAUGUGCUAUAUAUAUCGACAUCCCUUUCUAACUGUGCUCAA